UUCGCUCGCUCUUUCCCUCCGGCCGGUUCCCCGGAGUUGACUUUCCCAGCUGGCCGGGGGCAAAAAGGGAGGGGACGACUUAGCCCGUCUAUGGGGGAGCCCCACACAAAGAAAGCCCUCUCUUCCUCUUUGCUCUCCAUCCUCUUGCCAAAGUCGAAUGUAUUGCAGAUGUCGAUCUCCAGCGAGCAAGCAAGAUGGCGCUGCGGACUGGAGGCAAGGGUUCGCCUUCCCAGACUGGGCCUACAAGCCAGAGUCGAGCCCCGGCUCGCGCCAAAUCCAGCUGUGGCAUUUCAUCCUGGAGCUUCUGCGCAAAGAGGAAUAUCAUGAUGUCAUUGCCUGGCAGGGGGACUACGGCGAGUUUGUCAUCAAGGACCCGGACGAGGUGGCCCGCCUCUGGGGGGUGCGGAAGUGCAAGCCCCAGAUGAACUACGACAAGCUGAGCCGGGCCCUGAGGUACUACUACAACAAGCGGAUCCUACACAAGACCAAGGGCAAACGAUUCACCUACAAGUUCAACUUCAACAAGUUGGUGCUGGUCAACUAUCCGUUCAUUGACAUGGGCAUGGCAGGUGGGGCUGUGCCCCAGAGCGCCCCUCCCGUGCCGUCCGGCGGCUCCCACUUCCGCUUCCCCCCCUCAACGCCAUCUGACGUGCUGUCUCCCGCCGAAGACCUGCGCUCGCCGGGUGUCUUCUCGGCUGUGGCGCGCCGCCUGGCGCGGGGCUCGGUCAGCGACUGCAGCGACGGCACCUCCGCCAACUCGGAGGUGGAGGAGUCCCUGGCCGAGGAGCAGCGUCGCGGCGGUGGCGGGGAGCCUGGCAGCUUCCGGGGCCCCCCGAUGCCCGGCCAUGCCCGCUUGACGCACGACGGCCUCUUCCGGGUCUACCCCCGCCCGCGGGUCCCCGAGCCCCUCAGCCCUUUUCCUGUGUCUCCCAUGGCCGGGCCCGCGGGCCUCCUGCCCCCUCAGCUGUCCCCAGCCCUCCCCCUCACGCCCAACCACAUGAACUACACCCCUUCACCUACCCUCAGCCCCAUGUACCCCGGGGGCUCCCACUUCUCCUUCAACCCAGAGGACAUGAAGCGCUACCUCCAGGCCCACACUCAGAGCGUGUACAACUACCACCUCAGCCCCAGGGCCUUCCUCCACUACCCAAACAUCGUCAUCCCGCAGCCCCAGCGCCUUGAGAAGCCGCCCCUUCCGCCGCCGCCGCCACCGCAGGCCGAGGAGCCGCCUUCCCCUUUCAAGUUCAAGCUGCAGCCUCCGCCGUUGGGGCGCCGCAACCGUGACAAGCAGCAGCCCCCCGGCCUGCCCCCAGGAGAAUCCAGCAGCGGCACCCCCUCUUCCUCCUCUUCUUCUUCCUCCUCUGCCUCUACAUCCGGGGCGGAGCCGCCUCUGCUGCCCCAGAUCAAGGUGGAGCCCAUCUCUGAGGGAGAGUCGGAGGAGGACCUGACCGUCGAGGUGACCGACAUCAGCGAAGACGACGAGGACGUCUUCAAGGCUCCUCCCGUGCCUCUGGAAAAGCUGGAAGAGGAGGAGGAGACCCCGGUGGCUGCGGCGGCUGUGCCCCCCGCCUCCCGCGCCGGGGAAAGCGGCAAAUGCAUCCCUCUGAAGCUGCGCUUCAAGCGCCGCUGGAGCGAGGACCAGCGGCUGGAAGCGGGUGCAGGGGCCGAAGAAACGGAUGAUAAGAAGGUGAAGGGGGAAGACGAUGCCAGCAGCCAUGGGGACGGGGUGGGCGGCCGGCGGAUCAGCACCGAGCUGCAGCGGGCCACGGCCGAGCUGACCCUGGAGAACCGGGAUUCCUAGAGCUGGGAUGUGCAGCCCCCCCACCCCACCCCCGGCUCCCUUCCCAGGACAGACGGACAAAAUGGGCAGGAGGGGGAAGGGGGGGGCUGGUUUUGCUGCCUUAACUCAGAGAUUAUCUUUUUACCUUUUGUCAGUUUCCCUUCUCUCCACCCCCGCCCCCUGUUUAUUCCGGAAACUCUGUAAAUUUUAUUAUUUCUUCUUAUCUGGAAGCCAGACAAAAAG